GGGGGGUUGGGGGGGGGCGGAAGGGGAGUGCGUUUUGGAGGCAGAGAACCUGCAUUGGAAGCCCAGCCCUGCUAUUUUCUACCCCUUCGACUCCGGCAGAGGUCCUCUGCCAAUGGUCCUUAGUUUCCCCUUUUGUAAAACGAAGGGUGUUGUGUCGGGCGGCUUCUAAAAGUCCUUCCAGCUCUGUUGCUAUGAUCCUGAGAUCUUCCGGCUGGUACCGGUGCCCUGUGCGUCAUUCGGUGCCCUCGGACUGCCCUGGUCCCCUGCGGGCUGUGUGCCAAAUUCUUUCCCACCCCGCACCCACAGGGCGCCUUCUGGAGGCAGGGCCCAGGGAGCAUCCUUUGCUCGGAGGCUAGAGAAGUGGUGAGAGGCUGUGAGAAAUCACUCUGGGCCACGCCUGGGAGCUCGUCCUGCCAUCUGGAAGGCGGGGAGCUUAGAGGCGGACUGUCCGGGGUCCUGACCGUCGGGGGAAAGCCCGGGGGACGCCGCCAGCAGCAAAAGUGGUGCGGAAGCUGUUCCCCUUUCCGCAGGCUCCCGCCCCCGCCCCCGUGUCCCCCCACCUCCCGGAGCUCCUUUCCCACGCUGCUCGGCUCGCCUCCGCCGCCUGCUCUCAGCGCCCAGGCCACGGGCUGACAGAUCGGAUCAGCUCCGGCCUCCGCUUCGCUCCCUUUCUCUAUCUCCGGGGCAGUUAAAAAAAGGAAGAUGUUUACUGUUCUUUCCCGCCAGCCCUGCGACCAACCAGGCUUUAAGGCUCUCUCCCGGACUCCUGCCGUGGUUGCCUUGGUGGUUUUCCUUGUAAGCGUGGCUGUGUUGAUGGCCAUAACACUCAUUCAGAUCAACCAGAAAGAAGUGCUGGCCCCAGGCUUGAAGUAUGGGAUAGUGCUGGACGCUGGCUCCUCGAGGACCACCGUCUAUGUGUACCAGUGGCCAGCGGAGAAAGAGAACAACACGGGAGUCGUCAACCAGACCUACAGGUGCAGCGUGAAAGGUUCUGGCAUCUCCAGCUAUGGUGAUAACCCCCAAGCCGUUCCCAGAGCUUUUGAGGACUGCAUGCAGAGAGUUAAGGAGAAGAUUCCAGCCGACCUCCACAAAAGCACUCCUGCUCAUCUGGGAGCCACAGCAGGCAUGCGGCUGCUCAGGUUGCGAAAUGAAUCGGCAGCUCGAGGAGUCCUUGCAAGCAUUCGGACCUACUUCGAGUCUCAGCCCUUUGACUUUAGGGGCGCUCAAAUCAUUUCUGGGCAAGAGGAAGGGGUGUAUGGAUGGAUUACAGCCAACUAUUUAAUGGGCAAUUUCUUGGAGAAGAACAUGUGGAACACUUGGACCCAUCCUCAUGGGGUGGAGACUACAGGGGCACUGGACCUUGGUGGGGCCUCUACCCAGAUAUCAUUCGCCCCCCAAGAGGAGGCUGGGCACAGUGCCAACAGCAUGGUUCAGGUGUCCCUCUACGGUUAUCCCUACACCCUCUACACACACAGCUUCCAGUGCUACGGCCGAGAUGAAGCUGAGAAGCGCUUUCUUGCAAGACUCUUCCAGAACUCAACAGACAAAGGCAAGGUGGUCAAUCCCUGUUACCCUCGGGAUUACGUGACCAUCCUCACAAUGGAACACAUCUUUGGAAGUCUGUGCACGGAAGAGUUAAGACCAACCAACUAUGACUCAGGAUACCCAAUUGCCUUGGAAGGAACUGGCGACCCAGCUUUGUGCAGAGAAAAGGUGUAUUCCCUCUUCAACUUUCAAGCCUGUCCCGACCAGGAAGACUGUUCGUUUGACGGGGUCUAUCAGCCAAUGGUCAAAGGCACAUUUGUGGCUUUUUCUGGAUUCUACUAUAUUGCCCAUGCUUUGAACCUCACGGGGAGCUUUGCUUUAGACGUCUUUAACUCAAGCACCUGGGAUUUCUGCCUACAGAGCUGGAGUCAGCUGCCUCUGAUGCUGCCCAAGUUUGACGAGGUGUAUGCCCGGUCCUACUGUUUCUCCGCACAUUAUAUCUAUCAUCUGCUAAUACAUGGCUAUAAAUUCACAAGCGAGACUUGGCCGAAAAUACAUUUUAAAAAAGAAGUGGAGAACAGCAGCAUUGCUUGGUCUCUGGGCUACAUGCUGAACCUCACCAACAUGAUUCCGGCCGAGAACCCCCAGAUCCAGCUCCCCAUGAGGCCCCAGGUGUUCACGGGGGUCAUGUUCUUCUUCGCCGGGGUGGCCCUGCUCUGCCUGCUCUUCCUGGUUUACCUGUGUGUGGCGACCAGGCUGCGGAGCAGCUCCCAGCACGCCAUCGACCACAGCUUUGAUGCCGAGUGAGCCGCGGAGAACUGGGCGGGUGAGAGACGAGAAGGGAGCAAGUCCCUGGGCUGGAGUCGGAAAACCUGGGUGUGAACGAGCCUCAGAGCCCGUGUGCCCUCUCUGGGUCUGGUACCUCACCCUGAAAAGAAGCGGCCGGACUAGAGGACCUCCGAGGUCCUUCUGCUCCGACAUCCGAUCCCGUGAUUCUGGGAACCACCCAAGUCUUCUGGCUGGAAGGGCUCUCGGUUUAGAAUAAACAGCGGCACAGAAACGUCACCCAGCGACCACCUUCCAUCGCGCCUCCCCAAGAAACACACCGUGACCCGUGAGUUGGACUCAAGAAAGAAAGCAGCAUCCUUGAGGUCAGGGGGAACUGGGGAAGAGCAUCCCUGAGGUGGAAGGGGAUUCUCUGCACACAAUAGUCACUUAACCAAUGCUUGUUGAAUUGGAUUGUUCUUGGUGGAAUGUCCAGUAGGAGCUGGGAGAGGCCAAGCUGCUCCAUCUUGUGUCCUCACACGACUAAGUCUGGACAGAAUCGCCCCUGCCAAGGUCCUCGAGCAAACCUUUGGGGAGUAGAUCUUCUCUGCUGGGCUCCAGGAUGUUCCUCCGCGAACCUCUGAAGAGGACUCCUAGCUCGCAUCCCUUUCUUUAGUCGUGAAUCCUCAUCCUUGUAGAACAAAGCAAUGUCAAAGGUCUCUAGGUUCAUGGCUUCCCAAGAGGUUGCAGGAAUGGCAUCACCCUCUGCACUGGUCUGUUCUGCCCUCAUUCCAGCUUCCUUACUAGCAUCUGAAGACAGACCCUCACUCGUUCUAGCUGCCCGCCACACACAUUUGGAUGAGUGCCAAAUCAUCCCUUGGGUUGGCCUUUUGCCUCGGGCCGCCAUCUAGCUCAUCAUGGGAAGUGGAGCUGGAACAUUGAUUUUGAGCUAUACAGCCCAUUCUGGUACCAUGGGAGCACCUUGAGGGCCAGCAUGGGCUUUAUUUGGUAUCUUCCUUAGAUCCCCAAUACCUGCCACACACUAGGUGCUUAAUAAGUGUUGGGGGGGGGGGGGAUGUCAUGGCUUGUGUUGGGUUUUCUACCAUCCCCACAGGCAUGCUUGAUGCCUUUAGAAAGAAAACUUGAAUGAAAAUUCUUAGCCCAAAACUGAACCAUCCAUUUCCUUCCCAAGUCUACAGGUCUUGGACCUGGACUUUGGAUCGUGUAGACCUCUUAGUCCAGAGAUCCCGGAUGCAUCAGAAGGUGUGGGAAACGGCCCUAGCUUUUGAAUUCAGGGCACAGUGGUCAGAUUCCAACACAGGACCCCUUUUACUAAUACCAUAUUAAAAAUCAAGUGAUUGAAAUGGUGGCAUUCGACGUAUGAAAUAAAGGACGAGAACUUUU